CACACAAAUUUAUGACAAAGAUUUUUUUUUUUUUGGAGUUUAUCUUAAUGUGUUUUUGUAUCGGAUAAAAUAUCAGGUAUCAUUCGCCUAAGCUCAAUACGUCAAAAUGAUUUGCUGUUUCAGAGAAUGAAAACAGUGAAGUUUGUAAGAUAGGUUCUGUUAAAAAUGGUGCUAGUAAGGAGAGUAAUGUGAACGGUGCUGGUAGGGAAGACAAUGAAGUUAUGAAGGUGAAGCCUUCUAGCAAUUACAGCUUUGAUGAAGCUGAAUCUUUGACUGAUUCGCUUGAGGCAGAAUCUCAAGCUAUUGCUGAGUCAACUGAAGGCUGUCAAUCCUCUCCAGAAACAUGGAUCCAAGCAAGUCCGCAAUCUCGCAAAGAUUCUUAUUGUUGCUUCGAAGGAAAUGGUGGAUACAUUCAAUUCCUUUGGACGAAGGGGCUUUCUUUGUGGCUCCACCCGGAAUGGAACUCACUGAUAAGUUCUUCGAUGGCAUGGAUGAUGAUGGAAAUAUUCAAAAGAGUGCGCCACUCAACAAUCCCUCGCAGAUACCUAACGUCAAACAUUCAGCGAAAUGGCAAUGUGGAGCCAAAAAUGCAGCAGAAACUAGAAACCAGUGCUGUCCCAAAGAGGCCUCUCAAUGCUCAGCUAAAUGUAAAGAAGAAAUUAAAAACAGUUUAAUCUGGUUCGGGGGUCAGUUCUGGCAUCAAGUGG